UGUUUAAAACAAAUUGUACAAGUCCUACAAAGUAACUCGCACUGGGAAGAAGACUACACGUGAAACAGGAAGACAACACACACAAUCCUUAACUUUUGAGCAAGUGGGGAAGUGCAAACGUUUGGGGCGGGAUUGAGCGAGCGUCAGCUCACCGCAGAUGGUCUUUGGUUGCCUGCGGGCUCUUACCCGGGCCGCCCGUGUCCUCGGGGUGGCAGCUGGCAUUUCCCGAGGGCGUGUCCGUAUCGCCAGGUACCAGGCGACUAAGACUGUGUCCUUCUCAGGGCGCUCUGGACCCGCAAGCUUAGAGAAGGAAGGCGCCCUCACUGUGCGGAGGAAGGGGCGGGCGCUGCGGCUUCUGCUCCAGGAAGCGGAGGCGCCCUGGGCGGUAGUGUUGCGCUGGGUCGCGAUGAGCUCGGCGCCGGGGCCCCACGGGGCUGUCCCUGCAGGUGAGGAACAAAACAUGACAGAAACAGAUGCCUUCUCUAGCAGUGAAAUACUUGAUCCAGCAGAAAAGUACAAAAUGGACCAUAAGAGGAGAGGAAUUGCUUUAAUCUUCAAUCACGAGAGGUUCUUCUGGCACUUAACACUGCCAGAAAGGCGGGGCACCAGUGCAGACAGAGACAAUCUUAAGCGCAGGUUUUUAGAUCUAGGAUUUGAAGUGAAAUGCUUUGAUGAUCUUAAAGCAGAAGAAUUACUGCUCACGAUUCAUGAGGCAUCAACCUCUAGCCAUGUCGAUGCCGAUUGCUUUUUGUGUGUCUUCCUGAGUCAUGGUGAAGGCAGUCACAUUUAUGCAUAUGACGCCAAAAUUGAAAUUCAGACAUUGACUGGCUUGUUCAAAGGAGACAAGUGUCAGAGCCUGGUUGGAAAACCCAAAAUAUUUAUCAUUCAGGCAUGUCGGGGGAACCAGCAUGAUGUGCCAGUCAUUCCUUUGGAUGUAGUGGAUCAUAAGACAGCCAGGCCGGAUGCCAAUGUCACCCAGGUGGAUGCGGCCUCAGUUUACACACUGCCUGCUGGAGCAGACUUCCUCAUGUGUUACUCUGUUGCAGAAGGUUAUUACUCUCAUCGGGAAACUGUGAACGGUUCAUGGUACAUUCAAGAUUUGUGUGAGAUGCUCAGGAAAUUCGGCUCAUCUUUGGAGUUCACAGAGCUCCUCACAUUGGUGAACAGGAAAGUUUCUCAGCGCCGAGUGGACUUUUGCAAAGACCGAAGUGCAAUUGGAAAGAAGCAGGUCCCUUGCUUUGCCUCCAUGCUAACUAAAAAGCUGUACUUCUCUCCAAAAUAUAAAUGAUAGGGCUGUUUUAUGUAUUUGUAUUCAAAAUGGAUUUCCCUUCUUUUUAUAUAAAUAUCAUUAGAUUGAAGCUUAUGGUACAGCAAUUUAAAAUGUUUUAAGGUUUAAUGAGAACUUUUAAGUAAAUAGUUCAUAUUGGACAUAGUGAAGGGGAUUUGAUAUAUGUAGAAAUUAAAUCCUCAGGGAAUAUCUAUAAAAAUCCACAAACAUUUGUAGUAGUUGAUUUUUAUAAUUUGUAAGGUUACUCAAAAUAUCUGGCUGAUUUAAUUUGUAUUUUGUGAAUUUUUUAAAUAAAAGUUUAUAAUGUUUUUAAGGUUUUUGAAACUCAAGAAUUAUUAAAUUGGUGCAAACGUAAUUGCAGUUUUUGCAAUUAUUUUUAACCUUUUA